AUGCAUACUACCGAUGAUAUUCAGUUGGAAAUGAAAGAACCAUUGACAAUACAAGUAGAGAAUCCAGUAUCUACUAAGAAAAAUACUGUCUGUUUGAGAUUUCGACGAGUUUUUACUCUUGAUGUUCAACCAAAUGAAAAACAUCAUUAUCCAAUAUUUAUUAUCAUUAUGUCUAUUUUACAUAUUUCUAUUCAUUUGACAACAUAUGUCAACAUCAAAUGGAGAGAUCAACGUUUUAAAGAUUCAUUAGAUGAUCUUUGGAUGUAUUAUAUACCAUGUAUGCGACCAACACCUUACUAUAUGCAUAUGCAUAUCGUCGACUGCAUAUCAUCGAUACAAAAUGUCACAUGUUAUUACGGUGACGAGCUCAAACACAAGUGCUUUUCUUUUCUAUAUCCACAUCAAUUAUGGAGAAUGGUUACUAUUAAUCUACUCCAUAUCAGUUGGUUUCACUUAUUAGUUAAUCUGUCAAAACAACUAAUCUUGGGUAUUUUACUCGAACGUAAAUAUGGUUCAUUUCGGAUAGUUAUUGUCUACUGGCUUUCAAAUGUGGGUGGUAUUCUUUGUGCUAUGUUGGAAGAUAGUCGAAAAAGUGUUGUUGGAGCUUCCGGUGCUAUAUAUGGCCUGUUACUAGUUUUCACCGUAGAACGUCUUAAUGCAAUGAAAACAAAUAUCGAUCAUCGCCGUUUCAUAUUGAUGCAAUUAGUUCUAUUUGCAGCAUUUCCUAUGGCCAUCAGCAUAUUUUCAGCGGCUAUUCUUGGCAUAAAUGUGGCACAUGCGGUUCAUAUUGGUGGUGGUUUGGUAGGUUUUCUGGUUGGUAUCGACGCUCCGUAUAUACCGUGGAUUUGGCCAGAAUACUAG